UUUAAAGACUCUUCAGUUUAGUCUCCAUAAAGAAUACUAUGCACAUCGCAAGACAAUUUAUUUCUGUGUUUACGACGACCGCCAUUGUGGUCAUUCUUGCGAUAACGAACGGUGGAAACGCGACUUUACCCGAAACCAUAAAAUGGACCGGUGGAAACUUCGAGUGGCCUUGUCCCACCACCAAGAACAUGUUCAAAAGUAGUGGAAAAUACAUUUCGAAAAACGUAAUCGCGACCAGGGUCGCGUUGUAUACCAACAACGCCAUUGUGGCCCUUCCCAGGUACAAGUCAAAGAAUUGUAAUUUCGAUCCUUCAGACUCAGGAAAUUGCUCGAUGAAUCGGCUAGAGUCUUUGGUAAGACUAUUGGUAUUACGUCUAAUUCAUUUCGAACAAACCGGUUUGCGAUGUAGGUACAAGGCUGGUAUUCCCGUGACAUUGGCGAAGAUCUCUCAGGAUGUCCAAAGCUGCGAAGCAACCCUGGUCCCCUAUCCUUGUUGGUCUCUUCAGGAGGAAGGAACUUGCACGGCACUACAGAACGUGGUAGACAUUUAUCUGGAUCCUCAGAACAUUCUCUGGGUUCUCGAUACUGGAGUGGUGAACACUUUGGACGAACCUAUGCGAAGGUGUCCGCCAAAAAUCCUCGCUGUCAACGUCGUCACAGGCAAGUUAGUGAAGACCGUAGACCUGACUGGAUUGACGAGUUCGGCGUCCCGAUUGCAAUACCUGGUGUCCGAUUACAGUCAGGACGGCAGAGUGUUCGUCUAUGCGUCAGACGCUGCGUCAAGAGCCAUCCUCGUCUACGAUGUCACUCUAGGUCGAGGCUACCGCGUCGUUUUGCCCCAAGCCGUCGCCAUGGGUACAACCCGAAGAGACGUUUUGUAUCUUGCGCUUCUCCGACGUUCAGACGGGAGCACAUGUUUGAUCUUCACUUAUUUAAGCAGUAGCCGUUUGUUCUCCAUCAGAACGGAACAUCUACGCAGUGGUUCUGCGAAUGGCAAGAUCCACGAUCUUGGUAUGAAACCGAAGAAAAUGAUCUUCUUGGGUACGGACAAUGGCAGCGCCCUUUUCUUCCGGUACGAAGGCGAACCGGAUGUUUACCGAUGGGACGCGGUCAAUCCAUUUGUUUCACGAUGUUUCGACAAGGUGUACACCAGUGCCGAAUGUUCCCUUGUUACUCAUGUGGUUGCGGAUUACGCGAGAGGGAGGAUGCGAGUGCUUGAAUCGAACUUUCCUGAUUAUAUGCAAGGCUCGGUUGGAUGCGGUGCCACACAGGCAUUGAAUGUUAUGUGACGUUGAGAA